UCUAACUGAAGCAAGGUUAUUAAUAGUACGAUCUUUAACCUACUGUGAAUCUGUUCAUCAAGUCAAAAUGGCCACCGUCACCGACUAUGGAGGUUUCGAUGCAGACAGUGACUGUCAGAUCCUGCGGAAGGCAAUGAAGGGAUUGGGAACUGACGAGAAGGCGAUAGUGGACAUUUUGGGCAACAGGAGCAAUGCACAAAGACAGAAGCUGUUGGUUCAGUACAAAGCUUCAUUUGGCAGGGACCUCGUCAAAGAUUUGAAGAGUGAGUUAGGAGGUAACUUCGAGGACGCCAUAUUGGCAAUGAUGGAUCUACCAGGAGUGUUUGAUGCAAGGUGUCUCAAGAAAGCCAUGAAGGGGCUUGGUACCGAUGAGUCUGUCUUAGUGGAGAUCAUGUGCACACGAUCAAAUGCGCAAAUUCAAGCCAUCAAGAAAGCUUACAAAGCCGGUUUUGACAAAGAUUUGGAGGGUGCGCUCGAAAGUGAAACCAGUGGUGACUUCAAAAGGGUUCUGAUUGGUCUAUGCGCGGCUGGAAGAGAUGAGAGCCCCGAUGUUGAUGAUAGCAAGGUUGCUGAAGACGCUAAGGCACUCGAGGAAGCUGCUCAAGGAAUGGGAACAGACGAGUCGGAGUUUCAACGCAUUAUUGUUACAAGAAGUCCAGUCCAUCUCAGAGCAGUCUUCUCAGCUUUUGAAGAGUCCACAGGUAAAUCCAUCGAGGAUGUAAUAAAGAGCGAGAUGACUGGCAGCCUCGAGAAGGCGUAUUUGACUAUCGUUGGUUUCUUUUCGCGCCCAAUGGAGUUUUUUGCUGAUCAGUUAAUGAGAGCAAUGAAGGGAUUGGGCACAGACGAAGACCAUCUUAUUCGAGUUAUUGUGUCACGCUCAGAGACUGAUCUCCGGGCGAUCAAGGCAGCUUUUGGCUUGAAGUACGGCAAGACUCUGGCAAGAAGCCAUUGUCAGUGAAUGCGGAGGGGACUUCCGCAAUGUUCUAGUCACCCUCGCAACAGCUUAAACACCCACCGAGCAUUUACUGAACCAUUACAGCAACUGAUUGUGAUAAAUCGCAUGAAAAUCAAACUAUGAAGUUGACUUAAAAAUACACUUUCGAAGGGGCUCAACAUAAUGUUUCAUUGGCUCGAUUUCACCAAGAGUCAGGACCAGUCCUUACUUAGUAGUAUGUUCUAGCCAUAGAGCUAUAAAUCAAUAUAUAUAGCUCUAUGGUCCUAGCAGAUAUUCAAAACUUCAGGCCAGUCCUAAGUUAGGAAGAGUAACUCGUACCAACUCGAGAUAAGAGUCCUAACUUAGGACUAUGUCCUUGGAGAUAUUUCAAACUUAAGGCAAGUCCUAAGUUGGGAAGAGUAAUUCGUUCUAUCUCGAGAUAAGACUAGUCCUAACUUAGGACUACGUCCUAGAAGAUGUUUUAAACUUAAGGGAAGUCCUAAGUUAGGAAGAGUAAUUCGUUCUAUCUCGAGAUAAGACUAGUCCUAACUUAGGACUACGUCCUAGAAGAUGUUUUAAACUUAAGGGAAGUCCUAAGUUAGGAAGAGUAACUCUUCCUAACUCGAAAUAAUACUAGUCCGAACUCUUUAUGAAAUCAACCCCAAGGCUCGAUUUUAAUCUUAAGAUGAGUUGUCAAUAUUACCAUGUUUGAUUAGUAGUUUUAAGAUUGAUAAACAUUUAAGAUCAAUCUUAACUCUUUGCAAAAUCGGGUAGACCUAAGGCAGUCCAUAGGUGCAGCUACUUCUCGUGAUUUUAGGAAAUGGUACAUGCAGUAUGACAACACUUGGUUAACACUUUGAAAGCAGCAAUUGUUUGUAUAUGAUUUAAUUGCUGAGAUUAAUUGUGCCUCACCGUAAAUCAAUAUCUUCAAUAUUCUUAGAUUUGUUGUCUUAUUCUGUUGGUGUUUUGAUGUGAAAUAAUUGUCAAAUGUAAGAUUUUAAAGAUUAAAUGAUACUGUACAAUGUGUAACUAUUCGGUACCAGACGUGCCUGUUUGUUUUGUGUUAUAGAGACCAGGGUUAACAAUCAUCACAACCGUCCAAAUAGCCAACAUAUGGAAAGUGAGAAGUCUAAAGUUUAGGUGCUGACGUUUUGUAUCAAGUUUUGUAGCCUUUUCAUUUUCAAAAUGGCAGUCAUUUUGCUCAAAAGUGUUACCAAUAAUCAUUCACACGAUGAUGCAUAACUCGGGAAGUAAGAGUUCUACAAUCGUUUUCUUUGAAUCUAUACUGAUGAUUGAAGAGUUUAACCUUUGAAA